CGCUACGCUCACUAUAAAAGACUUCGACGAAACCUGCCGCGCGCUAUUACAAAAGUGUCUUUGUGAUUUUUCCCUGCCGUAUUUUUUAUUCAUCGAACAAGAUGCAGUUGUGGCUGCUGGUGGUGUGCGCGGCGGCGCUGGUAGCGCUGGCUGCAGCACAAAAACCUGGAAGGUUUCUGUCCCUCCCCAAUCCUCAGAAAUGCGCUAACAGACCAAAGGAGUUCUUCUACCGUGGACACAACUACUUCUACAGUGGGCACGUGCCCGAGCUAGCUAACAGGAAGGUGGACUGGCUGGACGGCCGUAACAUCUGCCGCGAGUACUGCAUGGACCUGGUCUCCAUGGAGACGCAAGAGGAAAAUAAUCUAAUCUUCAAACUUAUCCAGCAAAACGAUGUUCCCUACAUCUGGACGUCCGGUCGCCUGUGUGACUUCAAGGGAUGUGAAUCGCGCAAGGACCUCGAACCUAAGAAUAUCUUAGGUUGGUUUUGGUCCGCUAAUCGUGAAAAGAUUGGAGCCACGAAUCAGAUUCAGAACGGCUGGGGCUACAACCCAUGGUCACAAACUGGACACAAGAAGCAGCGGCAACCCGACAACGCUGAGUUCGACAUCAACGGAACCACGGAGUCCUGUCUUUCCAUCCUCAACAAUGUUUACAACGACGGCAUCGCGUGGCACGACGUCGCUUGUUACCAUGAGAAACCCGUAGUGUGCGAGGACUCUGAAGAGCUGUUGAACUAUGUGGCCAGCACCAACCCUGGUCUCCGUCUGUGAUUUAACCAGUCUAAACAAUACAUUUCUCCGGUCAUUUAAAUCAGUUAAUUACUUUACCAAUGACGGUAGAAAAAGCUACGUUUACGCUUGAGUUUGUAGACCGCUUACAGGCUUUUAGCUGCUAGCUUUUCGAGGCUCUUGACUCAACUAGAGUCUGACUUGACUACUUAGUAACUGAGAUGGAUACAUAAUUGAGAAACUGAUGAACAAAACGGUGUAAUCACGAAAUUUGGGCUCAGUCACAGCACAGUUUUAGGCUGUUUUGCCUGGAAAUAAGUCCAAAAACAUCCGGAUCGUAUUUGAUCAGAAGUGUCAUUAUACCAUUUUGUUCACCAGCUUCUCAAUUACAGUCUUAACUAAACCACUUUUAUUUUUAUUAGAGCGAAAAGCUUUUUUAUUGGACUAAAUGCACUUUCAUAAUAAUUUAGAGUACUUACUUAUGACUAGGUAAAUAGGUACUUGUUUUUUAGAUGGUUUUAAACUUUUAAGCCGAUUUAAAUAUAAUCUUUCAAUAUAAUGUGUCACUAUGCAAGUGUAAACGUCGCUUGAAUACCUCUAAUAAUUUGACUUAUAAUUAACAGUUCUUUAAAUUGAGAGCACCAUAUUUUAUCAAGCACCUUCUGAGGACUUGCCAUACUCCCUACAUGUAGCGAUCUCUAUCACACGCACUGCCUUUUCCGUCGUACAAUCUUUGUACAAAAUAGCAUAAAUUAAGUUUAAGUAAGUUAAUAAUAAUAUUAUUUACAUAAGGGAAGAUUUCCAUUUGUAUAUAAAAAUAAAAUUGAAAAAAUA